GUCUAGAAUAUGCAUAGUGGAGUGCUUACUUGUCAGUUGAGACCAAGUUUGAGUUGUCUGUUCAUGUAUUAUGCCUUUUCAAGAUAAGUAUUAGUCAUCCAUCUUAGGCCAUCGAUCACAUAUAAGCCACAGGCUGAGCCAAAAUUUGAAGUUUACCUGUUUGAUAUUGUGCAUGUUCAAUAGAUUUCCUUAGAGAAAUAUAAAAUUCAAAUCAAAGCUAUUGAAUUUCUGUCAAACUCGUAACUUAUAUUCUAACUCCACCUUUCAUGAUAUAUCGUUUGAUUCACAUGCUAGUUAUGCAAAGAUUAUAAUACAUAACGAUAUCAAUUAUUAAUUCAUUGCAAGUCAAGAAGGAAAAUGGAAAUGUUGCUUCUCUUCCUAGUAGCUAUACCUAUCAUUGUAAUUUUCCUUGUAAAACUUAGAUACACACAUAACCAUCCACCAAGUCCCCCUGGACUUCCACUUCUUGGAAACUUGUAUCAACUGAAUCAAGAAUCCCCACAUAAAUACCUAUGGGAACUUUCAAAGAAAUAUGGUCCCUUAAUGUUCAUGAAGCUUGGCUUUUCCCAACUAGUUGUUAUUUCAUCUUCAAGAAUUGCUAAAGAAGUUCUAAAAACUCAUGACUUUGCAUUUUCUGGUAGACCAUCAUUUCUUGGCCAAAGAAAGUUAUCAUACAACGGCUUGGAUGUCGCCUUUUCGCCUUACAACAACUAUUGGAGGGAGAUGAAAAAGAUUUGUACCUUACAUCUCUUUAGUCCCAAAAAGGUACAAUCUUUCCGUCCAAUUCGUGAAGAUGAAGUAUCCAGGAUGAUCAAUCGCGUAACGCAACUUGCAUCAUCGUCAAAAUUGGUUAAUCUAAGUGAGAUUAUGUCGUCUCUAUCGAGCAACAUAUCGUGUAUUGUUGGAUUUGGUAAGAGAUAUGAUGAGAAAGGGUAUGAAAGUAAGAGGUUUAGCAAACUUUUAUGUGAAGCUCAAGCUAUGAUUGGAGGUUUCUUUCUCUCUGAUUACUUCCCAAUUUUCGGACGUUGGAUUGAUUGUAUAUUCACAAGAAAGGCUAAUCGACUCGAAAAGAUUUACAAUGAGUUAGACUUGUUUUAUCAAGAACUCAUUGAGGAACACCUUAGUCCAACUCGGCCAAAAUCAAUGGAUGGUGAUAUUAUUGAUAUGUUAAUUGCCUUACGAGAUCAAAAUCAAUCAUCGUCGUCUCUGAAUCUCACUUGGGAUCAUAUCAAAGCUGUGCUAAUGGACAUAUUUAUUGCUGGAACGGACACGAAUGCUGCUGCAUUAGUGUGGGCGAUGACAGCUUUGAUGAAAGAGGGGGGAAGCGCGAGGAGAAAAUUACAACAAGGCAUAAGAGAAUUGGUUGGAAAAAAAGGAAGAGUAUACGAAGAUGAUAUCCAAAAUCUACCGUAUCUCAGGGCAGUUAUAAAAGAGACAUUGAAAUUGUAUCCACCCGCUCCAUUAAUACCAAGAGAGACAAUGGAAAAAUGCAUCAUAGAUGGAUAUGAAAUCAAACAGAAUACUCCAGUUUCUAUCAACGCGUGGGCAAUAGGUAGAGAUCCUGAAUGUUGGGAAAAUCCAGACGAGUUUAUUCCUGAGAGAUUUUGUGAUGUGAACAACAAUGGUAUUGUCGAUUACAAGUCAGGGGAAUUUGAAAUGAUUCCGUUUGGAGGUGGUAGGAGAGGGUGUCCAGGGAUUUCACUAGGAGUAGCAACAGUGGAACUCGCGCUCGCCAAUCUUCUCUAUGCAUUUGAUUGGGAAUUGCCUUAUGGGAUGGUAAAAGAAGAUAUUGAUAUCGAUACUUUGCCCGGUAUGACCAUGCACAAGAAGAAUCCUCUAUGUCUGGUGGCAAAAAAGUACCUAUUACAAUAAUCGUUAAUAUAGUCAAGUUUUGUUGGGUUUUGUUUGCCCUGAUUUUCUUACCAUAAAUAGGUUUUCCUUUUAGGAAAAGGUUUAGGACUCUAUAAAUAGAGGAAUGUUCCUUUAAACUUAAUCAGCAUUCACAAUUUAGUAUUAAGGGCUUUGAGAGUUUUGGUUAGAGGGAGAAUUUGUGGGUCACAAGCUUGAUACGUUAUGACUUCCCAUGUAUUCCGAGUGAAUUGGUUGAGGUUGUUUCUCUCUGUAUUUUGUACUCUCAUAUUUUAUAGUGGAUUGCUCAUCUCCUUUGUGGUCGUAGGUCGAUUGACCGAACCACGUUAAA